UCUGGAGGAGGUGUUGAAGACCAGAGAGAGAGGAGAGCUGCCCAAGACCCUGACUGAGAUGUACAUCUACUUCCUGGUAGUGCAGUCUAAACUGAAGAACAUCAAGUAUGAUGGAGGAGCUGAGACAGAUCCACACUGGAAUAAAAAGAGCAAAAAUAUGAUUGAGUCUCUGGGAAAACUGGCUUUUGAGCAGCUGCAGAAAGGAAACCCGAUCUUCUAUGAAUCAGACCUGACAGAGUGUGGCAUAGAUAUCAGAGCAGCCUCAGUGUACUCAGGAGUGUUCACACAGAUCUUUAGAGAGGAGAGCGAGUUGUACCAGGACAAGAUGUUCUGCUUCAUCCAUCUGAGCGUUCAGGAGUUUCUGGCUGCUCUUCAUGUCCACCUGACCUUCUUCAAAUCUGGUGUUAAUCUGCUGGCAGAAGAACAACCUGGUAUGUGGUCUAAACUCUUAAGCGACAAACCUAAACCAACACUUCUCUACCAAAAUGCGGUGGACAAGGCCUUACAGAGUCCAAAUGGACACCUGGACUUGUUCCUCCGCUUCCUCCUGGGUCUUUCUCUGAAGACCAAUCAGACUCUCCUACGAGGCCUGCUGACACACACAGGAAAUAUCUCACAGACCAAUCAGGAAACAGUUGAGUACAUCAAAGAGAAGAUAAGCAAGAAUCUGUCUCCAGAGAGAAACAUCAAUCUCUUCCACUGUCUGAAUGAACUUAAGGCACGUUCUCUAGUAGAGCAGAUCCAACAGUUCCUGAGUUCAGGAAGUCUCUCCACAGAUAAACUGUCUCCUGCUCAGUGGUCAGCUCUGGGCUUCAUCUUACUGUCAUCAGAAAAAGAUCUGGACGUGUUUGACCUGAAGAAAUACUCUGCUUCAGAGGAGGCUCUUCUGAGGCUGCUGCCAGUGGUCAAAGCCUCCAACAAAGCUCUGUAAGUGCACAUGUAACUGCAGAGACUGUCACACAUGUAGGGUUGUUCUUAAAUAAUACAGGUUUUAGUCAAUGGGUAGUCACAGGAUUUAGUAACAAAUUUAUUUGUUUCUUAAUUGAAAAUGUUUCAUUGUUUUAGUUUUA